AUGAUCGAUGAAAUGAUAGAGAGUUAUAAUUCAAAUUUAAUUUACCUUUUAUAAAACUUAAAUGUAUAAACCCCUGAUAAUGAAAUUCCUUAAAGAGAAUAAUCAACUUAAAAUAUAAAGAGUUUUGCAAUUUAAACUUUAACUUAAUCUUCUAUGCAGCAAAGUUCAAAAGUUGUUGAAAAUACUAAUGAACCUCAAAAAAGAGAUAAUAUGAUGGCUGAGUACUAAAAGAUUAUACAACCAAUUAUUAAAACAGGAGUAGAAUAAUUUGAUGCUCCUGCUAAUUAUAAGAAUUAUUAUCGAAAAUAUAAUAGCAAUAAUCAUUAAGAGUUUAAAAAUGUUAAAAUUAUUUAAAAAGAUAAAAUAUAGAAUAUGAGACAGUCUAUUAUGUUUAGAUGA